AAACAACAAAACCCUUAAACCCACCUCUUAUCAUCUGCAUUUGUCUGCAUUGUAAUUUUGUACGUGCAAUCUCACACCAUUCAUACUAAACUUUUAUCUAUCCACACGCCAGGGUUUUAGGCUUCAAGAAACAGCAAAAUUUUCUGAGUUUUCGAGUUCGAGAUGAAAAGCAUUGACAGGCUGUCGAGAGAUUCAUCAGGAGCUAAGUUAUGGCAUUUACCAGUACUGAAGAAGGCAUCAGGAAUCAGUACAACUAUACUUUAUGUUUUCAUCUUCGUAGCUGCAGGGUUUAUGUAUUCUGCGAUUAAUCAUGAGCAGAGUAAAGUUUAUGUUGAUAGUGUGAUUAUUGUUCCCAAAGAGAACAAGAGAACUACACAAAUAGAUGAACUGAAGAAAAUCCCCGAAAAGGUUAAAAUCCAAGAGAGAGUCGAGAUACCACUUUCUUGUUCGCCUAAAAAUGUGACACAAACGUGUCCAGCAAAUUAUCCUAAGGCUUUCAGUGAUGAUUUAAGAGCAAGUUCAGCUUGCCCUGAGUAUUUUCGCUGGAUACAUGAAGAUUUAAAGCCGUUUAAGGCUACAGGGGUUACGAGGGACAUGUUAAAAAAAGCGAAAAAGACUGCACAUUUUCGACUAGUGAUAGUGCAAGGGAAGGUUUACAUAGAGAAGUUCAGGCAGUCGAUACAGACUAGAGAUGUGUUCACAAUAUGGGGGAUUUUGCAGUUGUUGAGAAGGUAUCCCGGGAGACUUCCAGAUCUGGAAUUGAUGUUUGAUACUGAUGAUAAACCUGUGGUGAAAUCGCAUUUGUAUCGUAGACUCAAUAUCGCCACUCCACCAUUAUUUAGAUAUUGUGGUGAUAAGUGGACUAGUGACAUUGUCUUUCCUGAUUGGUCCUUCUGGGGAUGGGCUGAAAUAAAUAUAAAACCAUGGGAAAUGAUACUGAAAGAAAUGAAAGAAGGGAACACUAAGGUCAAAUGGAUUGAAAGGGAACCAUAUGCUUAUUGGAAAGGAAACCCUUUCGUCGUUGACAACAGAAAAGACUUGCUCAAGUGUAAUGUUUCUCAAGAACAGGACUGGAAUGCCCGCCUCUUUGUUCAGGACUGGAUUCGUGAAGGGCAACAAGGAUUCCAGCAAUCAAAUGUUGCAAAUCAAUGCACUUAUCGAUACAAGAUUUAUAUUGAAGGAUAUGCUUGGUCAGUUAGCGAAAAGUACAUAUUAGCCUGUGAUUCGGUUACUUUGUUAGUGAAACCAGAUUACUAUGACUUCUUCGUGAGAAGUCUAAAGCCAUUGGAACAUUACUGGCCAAUCAACAACGAUGACAAAUGCAGAUCCGUAGAAUAUGCUGUAGUAUGGGGAAAUCUCAAUCCCGAUAAGGCACAAGCAAUAGGAAAGGCUGCUAGCACCUUCAUCCAAGAUGAGUUGAAGAUGGAUUAUGUUUAUGACUACAUGUUUCAUUUGUUAAACGAAUAUGCAAAGCUCCAAAGAUUUGACCCAAAAAUACCCAAAAAAGCUGUUGAAUUUUGUUCGGAAACAAUGGUAUGCAAUGCAGAAGGGACAGAGAAAAAGUUUAAGAUGGAUUCACUAGUGAAGAGUCCUUCUUUGGAAAGUCCAUGCACACUGCCUUCUCCUUAUAACUCCAACUUUUUAGGCAAAUUGGUAAAGCACAAGGCUGGUUUAGUGAAGCAAGUAGAGAUAUGGGAGAAGAGUUACUGGAGUAAUGUGAGCUAGAAACAAUAGAACACCUCUAUAUGGGGAGACACUUUUAAUUCAUUAUGUGAUUUGAAUUUUUGUACAUUAUAUAUUCUGCUUGCAUAAACAAUGUAGCAAACCAAGGAAAUUAAAAUUGGUAAGGAAAAGUGCUAGCUUUGUCUAUAUAAUUUGACAGUAAACAUUAAUGUUUUUCUGCUGUA